CAAAAAUAACUUGCACAGGGGGUCUAUGAUAUUAGUUCAAAAGUUAAAGAACACAAUCUUGGAUUUGUUUUGACAAAAACUUAGUUUUGAAUCCUGAGGAUAUUGAGUCCCCGUCUAUUCACGUUUGGAUUUAUUAUUUCCGAUAGCUGUAGAUUAAAGAUUAUCCACAGAAUUAAAAAACAUAUAUCGGAAUGAAGUUGACGGGGAUAUUUUUACUUUUGAUGCUGUGGCACGCCGAGGGAGCCAGGGUCGCAGAGAGCCGAGACGACAAUAGUGUGUACGACCUAUUUGAGCUUGUUCAAGUUCAUAAGAAGAACCAUGGUGUGAGUCUGGUGAAAGGAGAAGACCCGUACAGUCCCGCUUACAAAAUCCUGAACCCGGACCUUAUCCCCCCUGUCCCCGAGACCCCCUUCAGGGACCUCAUUGAUUCUAUCCAUGCAGAGCGCGGAUUUCUUCUCUUGGCCAACUUUAAGCAGUUCAAGCGGACCCGAGGCAGCAUCUUGACUGUUGAGAAGCAAGAUGGUUCUGGACCCAUAUUCGAAAUAGUAUCUAACGGCAAGGCUAACACUCUGGAUGUGGUAUAUUCCACAGAGAAUAAGCAACAGGUGGUAUCCAUUGAAGAAGCGGACUUAGCAACCGGGCACUGGAAGAACAUCACGCUGUUCGUGCAAGAGGAGCGAGCUCAGUUGUACGUGGGAUGUGAAGAAAUAAACACAGCCGAGCUGGACCUGCCCAUCAGUAGAAUCUUGACCCAGGAUGUUCCCGGCACUGCACGUCUGCGGAUUGGCAAGGGAGCGGUCAAGGACAGAUUUAUGGGGGUACUUCAAAAUGUUCGCUUUGUUUUUGGAACAACUUUGGACGCGAUUUUACGGAACAAAGGAUGCCAAAGCUCCACUUUGACUGAUACCAUCAUCUUGGAUAUCCCAGUCAAUGGGUCCAGCCCGGCAAUCAGGACCGAUUAUAUUGGCCAUAAAACCAAAGAUCUGAUGACAGUUUGCGGCUUUUCCUGCGAAGACCUGGCCAGUAUGUUCAAGGAACUCAAGGGGCUUGGCGUAAUAGUGAAACAGCUGUCCAACGAGCUCCGAAAAGUGACGGAAGACAACAACCUGAUCAGGGAUCAGAUCGGAAUCCGCAGUGGAGUGUGCCUACACAACGGCAUUCUGCACAAGAACAAGGAGGAAUGGACAGUGGAUGACUGCACUGAGUGCACAUGCCAGAACUCCGCCACCGUGUGCCGCAAGAGGUCCUGCCCUCUGAUCCCCUGCGCCAACGCCACCGUGCCUGAUGGAGAGUGCUGCCCGCGAUGCGGAACCCCGAGCGACUACGCAGAGGACGGCUGGUCCCCGUGGUCUGAGUGGACGCCCUGCUCCGUGACCUGCGGCCGAGGCGUCCAACAGCGAGGCCGGUCCUGCGACCGCAUCAACAACAACUGCGAAGGGACGUCUGUGCAGACGCGCGACUGCUACCUGCAGGAGUGCGACAAGCGCUUCAAGCAGGACGGCGGGUGGAGCCACUGGUCACCCUGGUCCUCAUGCUCGGUCACCUGUGGCGCCGGCGUCAUCACCAGGAUCCGCCUCUGCAACUCGCCCACGCCCCAGAUGGGCGGGAAGAACUGCCAGGGAGUUGGCCGACAAACCGAGAAGUGCCAGAAAUCACCGUGCCCGAUCAGCGGCAACUGGGGACCUUGGUCACCAUGGGACACCUGCACUGUCACCUGUGGGGGUGGAGUGCAGACUCGGAAGCGACUCUGUAACGACCCCCCUCCCAAAUACGGGGGCAAAGACUGUGUGGGCAAUGCCAAAGCCUCUCAGCUGUGUAACAAGAAGAGCUGUCCCAUUGACGGCUGUCUGUCUAACCCCUGCUUCCCUGGAGCCAAAUGCACCAGCUUCCCCGACGGGUCCUGGAAAUGUGGAGCCUGUCCCACUGGCUACAAGGGUAAUGGCAUCAAGUGCAAGGACAUUGAUGAGUGUAAAGAGGUUCCAGACACGUGCUUCGUAUUUAAUGGGGUCCACCGAUGUGAUAACACAGAUCCUGGAUACAACUGCCUGCCCUGCCCCCCACGCUACUCUGGACCCCAACCCUUCGGCAAGGGGGCGGCAGAGGCCACUGCCAAUAAGCAGGUCUGCACACCGCGGAAUCCAUGCGCGGACGGAAGUCAUGACUGCAACAAAAACGCCCGCUGCAACUACCUGGGCCACUUUGCUGACCCCAUGUUCCGGUGCGAGUGCAAGCCUGGUUACGCCGGGAACGGGCACAUCUGCGGCGAGGACACCGACCUGGACGGCUGGCCCAACGCCGACCUGGUGUGCGUGGAGAACGCCACCUACCACUGCAAGAAGGACAACUGCCCCAACCUACCCAACUCUGGCCAGGAAGACUAUGACAAGGAUGGGAUCGGUGAUGCCUGCGAUGAUGAUGAUGACAACGACGGAAUCCCUGAUGACAGGGACAACUGCCAGUUUAUCUUCAACCCCAGACAGUACGACUACGACCGUGACGAUGUUGGCGAUCGUUGUGAUAACUGCCCUUAUAACAGCAACCCCGACCAGACCGACACCGAUCACAAUGGCGAGGGUGAUGCCUGUGCCGUGGACAUCGAUGGAGAUGGCAUUCUGAAUGAGAAAGAUAAUUGCCCCUAUGUCUACAAUGUGGACCAGAGAGACACAGAUCGGGAUGGAGUUGGGGACCAGUGUGACAACUGCCCCCUUGAACACAACCCUGACCAGCUGGACUCUGACUCUGACCGUGUGGGAGACAAGUGUGACAGUAACCAGGACAUCGAUGAGGACGGCCACCAGAACAACCUGGACAACUGCCCUUACAUCCCCAACGCCAACCAGGCCGACCAUGAUAAGGACGGCAAGGGAGAUGCCUGUGACCAUGAUGAUGACAACGAUGGAAUCCCUGAUGACAAAGACAACUGCAGGCUGGCCUUCAACCCAGACCAGCUGGACUCAGAUGGUGAUGGACGUGGCGAUGCUUGCAAGGAUGACUUUGACCAGGACAAUGUGCCUGACAUCUAUGAUGUGUGCCCUGAGAACUUUGACAUCAGCGAGACAGACUUCCGCAAGUUCCAGAUGGUGCCUCUCGACCCCAAGGGCACGUCCCAGAUUGACCCCAACUGGGUGGUGCGGCACCAGGGAAAAGAGCUAGUGCAGACCGUCAACUGUGACCCUGGCAUUGCCGUUGGUUUCGAUGAGUUCAAUGCAGUAGACUUCAGUGGAACGUUCUUCAUAAACACGGACCGGGACGAUGACUACGCAGGCUUUGUGUUCGGUUACCAGUCCAGUGCCCGGUUCUAUGUGGUGAUGUGGAAGCAGAUCACUCAGACGUACUGGUCCAACACACCCACCCGGGCCCAGGGAUAUUCUGGGUUGUCCAUCAAGGUGGUCAACUCCACCACGGGCCCUGGGGAGCAUCUGAGGAAUGCGCUGUGGCACACUGGCAACACCCCAGGACAGGUGCGCACACUGUGGCAUGACCCCAAGAAUGUGGGCUGGAAAGACUUCACCGCUUACAGGUGGCACCUGACCCACAGGCCUAGGACCGGACACAUUAGAGUGGUCAUGUACGAGGGCAAAAAGAUCAUGGCGGAUUCCGGAAGCAUCUAUGACAAGACGUACGCAGGUGGAAGGCUAGGCCUGUUUGUCUUUUCACAGGAGAUGGUGUACUUCUCAGACCUCAAAUAUGAAUGCAGAGAUGCAUAGCUGCACAGAUGAGAAGCUCUUUGAAAAAGCACAUUUCUGUAUUAAUGAGUAUGUAUUUUAAAAAUCCCAGGGACCCUGAUUUUAGUCCUCUCCUCCCUCUGAUAUGCACAUGAAUGGAACAGGGUCUGAUCAGCUUCCAGGUAAAUUCAUGCCAUUUUGAGACAGAAACCAGUUGGCUAACAGUUGAAGGUUUGCCAUUAGCCCCAGAUAAAAGAGGAUUUGUUUUUGCUUUGCUCAAGUGGGAGAACAACCUCUGCAUAGGAUGUCCUCCCAGCAAAACCCUCUGCACUUCAAAAUCCUUCAGAUGCUUCUCCCUUACUGGAGGUACUAAGGAAAGACUGACUCCUUCAUCAAAUCUGCUGUGAACUCAAAUUCAGAACCAAUUUAAAAUAAUGACUCUACAAUAUUUACUUCAGGAACGAAAAACACUAUUCUCAUUGAUUUCAGAGCAAGGUUCCACACCAUUGGAAAUUGAUUGCUGAUGGACCUAACAUGGUGUGGUUACUACGGAGACUUGCGUGUCUAUUCUGUGUGGCUGCAUGUGUGUUUGUGUGUUGAAGUUACUUCCUUUCACCUAUAGAAAAAGAUAAAUCCCCUACAAACCAGUGUGUAGUUUUAAAAGGCAUUACCAUUUUACUGAGCUCCAAUUCAUGUACUCACUGCCAGAGACAUUCAUCCAAGAUCACCCUUGGGAAGGUAAAUGGGAGCUAGAAAUUGAACCCGGUGUAUUUUGUUGAAAAUGGGCUUUGUGAAGCCUCAAACAAGGCCUUGUUUUUGACCACUGUGGCUUUGGCAGUGUUGCUCAGCUCAGAAUUCUCAGGGUGAGAUAAGAUUUCCAGAUAACCAGCAGUAACAGUCGACAGAGAAAGAACCUACAAACAACGUGUGUAUGUUGUGGUUAAAUGCAUAUCUAUAUGUAAGAUUGAUUGUCCUUCAUAACAUGUAACAAGGAUUAAUGUGCAAAACCUGACGGUUCUCUCUUCCAGCCUUAAAAAGAAAAAUCUAACUGUAGUUACCCGUAGCAAUUUAAAGUUCUGACCAGGCAGUCACAUGUUAAGAUUUCCUACCUCUUCAAAAACUAUCCUGGUGUAAGAUAGCUUGGGAGUAUUAGGAAGAGAGUGGAUUAACUCAGCCCUCAUGUAAAGAAGCUGGAAGAAGAGAAAACAAUGUUUUUUUUUUAAAAUAAUUAUUUAUUAUUGUUUAUUCGUCUACAUUGAGAAGGAGGAAUGAGUGGGCAUAUAACACAGGUGUCUUGUUUUUCUAAAGGAACUUGCUUCACAGAUUGAGAGAUUGUAAAUAAGUAUAUUUAUUGCCUUUGUCCUCUAUUGAUAGAGCCAAUUGAAGAGUUUUAUGCUUUCAACUUCCUGUAUAAAAAUGAUUCCCCACUGAGAAUAAUGAGAACUGCCAAUAACAACCAUUGAUUACUACCACCAACUUCCAAAACGGCCAAAUCCUCCCGAAACUGGAUGUCCUCAGAACAGUAUGUAUGUGUGUUUCUUCAUUUGUGUUUUAUUAGGAAAAGAACAAAAUAAAUACUUUGAUGUACAAAUGUUACCUCAUUAUUUUUGUAUAAUUUGAAACAAACAAAAAGUACUCGUUUUUGAUAUAGCAGCAGAAUAGAAAUUGGUUAAUGUCUUGUUUUAUCACUUUUUUUAGCAGAUCUUCUAUUUUAAAGCUGUAAAUAAUAUUGACAUAUGUUUUGUAGUAGAGAAAUCCUAACAGAAUAUAAACUGGAUUGGGAGAAUUUUUAUAAAGGUAUUUUUGUCCUAUGUGUGUCCAGUGCUUUUGUAAUGGAUAAAUUGUUCAGUUUGUCUUUGCUAUUUGUAAGAGGUUAUUGUCCAUGUAGAUAAAAGCUAUUUAAAUAAUUUAUCAGAAAACAUGACCUGAAGUGGCCAGUGUUUCUGUCUGUAUAAACUUUGCACACUGACGUGAGGAUGUUUUGUUCUUUGUUUUUGUUUUUGUUGCUUUUUUUAACAAUUAGUGCUCGUCUGUAAACAUCUGUCCUAGUUUUACAGUACAAAAUGGUAUUUUUUUUUAAUGCAUACCAGUUAUUCUGUAACAUACAUCUGAACAAUAAACACAUUUGUAAAGCC